AUGGCCUGUACUUUAUCCAGAUACGGCCUUUUCAGAUCACCCGGGACGCAGCCCGAAGAGUUCAUGGAAGCGUGGGAGAAGUACCACUAUGAUUUUCGCCUUUUGGUCUUGAAUGAGCUCUCAGAGCCCACAAGCUUGCAUGCCCAUGGCUUGAAUCCACCAAAUGGCCAAGACGGAGUUGCCUACAUCACCGAGCCUCCCAUUCCACCUGGCGAGGAAAGGGAGUACAGGUUCCGCGCACAAGUUGGGGGUGGCAGUUUCUGGCUCCACGCGCACAGCAGCUUGCAUGCUGGCUUGGGAUUGUGGAUCCCUCUGGUGCUACAGCAUCCUUCGCAAGAGAGACAAAAUCUGGGCAAUCCCAGCGAGCUAAUCUUGAUGGCCGAAGACCAGUUCGUGCAUCCUUACUGCGCCUACAGUCCUUUCCUAUACCCGGAGAAGUGCCAGCAUCUUGUCACCACGGAGCACGCCAGGGUGGCAUACUACCUGAACCGCAAAACGUCACCGCAAGUUGUGCCAUGCUCAGCUGGCGAGAAAUUUGUGCUGCGGCUGCGGAAUGCCGGCACUGAGGCCACUUGGCAUUUUAACUUAUCGUGGUUCUCCAGUGCCAUGCUGCUGGCUCUGGAUGGCAAUGAUGUUCAAAGAGGGCACAUGGUUGACACCAAGGAGCAUGCCAUUAUUCUGAGUUCAGCUCAGAGAACAGAUGUCCUCGUUCAAGUCCCUGGCUCUGGGUGCUACCCAAUCAUUGUGUCUUCUGGCAGCCAUGCUGGUGAUGAACAACAUCCAGUUAGCAGGGUGCUGUUCUUGGACGCGAGCAAAGUUCCAGAGCCAUGUGUCCCGCCGGAAUUUCCACGCUUCAUGCCGGCAUACUCUCACUUCAGCAGGCUGACCCCUGCAAGAUAUCCCAUGAAGAAGCGCAAAGUCAUGAGAAACCUGUCAUGGGAGAUCUCAGCUGGAGAGCAAUUCGGAUUUGCUGGUAACUGCUACGCACAGGAGCAGGUUCACCUAUGCAGAGAGUACAAGUGGCCUCUUCCUCCCACCAGAUCGUGGCAGCAGAAUGAAACUGGCUACAUGGUGCAUUCUCGAAGACCAUGCCAGGGGUGCGAGUUGCUGGAGCGCUUCAACGCCACGGGAAUCAUCCACGGAAGGUGCUGGGAGUGGUCGGACAUGGAUGCCAAGAAUUGUUCUCGGUUCCGGCCUGUCCCGCUUGAAUAUGCCAUACCCAUCAGGCAGCAGAGUCUGCAAUCGAAGCCGCUUAUGGUUUGCAGGGGAGACCGCGUCCAGCUGACAGUGUCGAACGUCCCAAGGUUUGGUGAUGGGGAAGGCCAUCCGAUCCACCUGCACGGCCACAUCAUGGAAUUACGCAAAGUGGAGAAUUUUACAGGCGGUCGGUGGGUGUUGGAGUGGCAAGGAGACGCCAGCGGCCCUCAUGACACAGUUUGGGUUGAGAGGAACCAUCGUGUCACGAUGGAGUUCGACGCCAAUAAUCCUGGGCGAUGGCUGCUACAUUGUCACAAUGAGUUCCACCUCUUUAACGGAAUGUCAACACGGGUGGUAUACCAUCCCGACUCUAGUCCGGAAUGCCCUCACCUCUCACCGCAAUGGGCUGGGGAAACAUAA